AUGUGACCCGGAAGCGCAGCAAGAGAAGCUGGGACAGGGUCCGGAAAGGAGUUCACAAUAUUGUGGUCUACCUGUGGUUAUCGUAUAUAUAGAUAUAACUAUAUACAUUCAGCGAUGGAUUCACAGCCUCCACAGAAGCCGUGGGAAAGGCGGGUUCCAGGAGCCAUGAGCGCGCCCAUAAAUUACAGAUCUGUAAACUUUGGACCCGCCGCGGGCCCGUCCUACUCAGCAGGCCCCCCCGUCUUGACCCGUAUGGUUCCCCCGGUGCCUCCCCGUCCCGUCCAGCAGGCCUACCGUCCAUCUUACGGCUCGUUCAACUCCUCUUACAGCCCCUAUGGGAGCUCCAUGUAUGGGGGCUACAGCCACGGCGGGGGCUACGGCCUGGGAGGGUACAGCCGCCUCAGCAACACUGAAGAUGUCGCCCCCAGCCGCUUCGUGCAGCAGGCGGAGGAGAGCAGUCGCGGCGCCUUCCAGUCCAUCGAGAGCAUCGUGCAGGCCUUCGGCUCGGUCAGCAUGAUGCUGGACGCCACCUUCUCGGCGGUGUAUAACAGUUUCCGCGCUGUGCUGGAUGUGGCAAACCACCUAACGCGGCUGCGUUCACACCUCACCAGGGUUUUGUCAGCCUUUGCUCUUGUGCGCACGCUGCGCUACCUCUAUCGGAGGUUACAGAGGCUGCUGGGGCGAAGGACGGACGCCGAGGUAGACGACUUGUGGGCCGACAGUGCCGCCGACGCCCUGGCGACGGGUGUGUCUGGAGUGGAAGGAGCAGGGUUUGAGGGUCAGCCCGUGAAGUCCUGGCCGAUCCUUCUGUUUUUUGCUGUUGUGUUGGGAGGACCCUACCUCAUCUGGAAGCUGCUGAGCUCAGCGCCUGGCUCUGAAGAGACCGCAUCCUGUUGGGCCAGCGGGGAGGACGACCACGUGGUGGCGCGAGCCGAGUACGACUUUUUAGCCGCGUCCGAGGGGGAGAUUUCCUUGCGGGCAGGAGACAUGCUCAACCUCGCCCCUAAAGAGCACCAGUCCAAGGUGCGCGGCUGGCUGCUGGCUAGUGUGGACGGACAGACCACAGGACUCGUCCCCGCCAACUACGUCAAGGUCCUGGGCAAGAGGAGGGGCCUAAAGCACGCAGAGAUGGAGAGGCUCGCUCAGGUGCAGGAAGUGAACACGGCUGCACUCCCACAGUCCAUCCCCACCCAAGGGGUCACCCAAGGCCUCGGUUCAGCCCCUGCCGCAGUCUCCAUGGAGGGGCUGUUGGAGUCUGUGUACAGAGAAACGCCGGUCCCCUUCAGACCGGGAACAUCAAACUCCAGCUUGCCCUCUAGCAUGGUAUUAAACAUCCCAGAGAAGACUGACCUGUAACUUUUGUGCAUGAUUGUGUUUUUCUGUGUGAAAGUCUGUAGGAGUUAACAACACUGGUUGGCUUAGUCAGUAUUCAUUUAUUCUGAAGCUUGACUCAUGAUCAGUAGAUGGUGUCUGAGGAAACACCAUAGACCUUUGAGAAUUUCUCUUCAAAUCACCCAAUGCCAACUGGGCCUUCUGGUAAGGUUAAAAGCCACGAGGGGUUUCCAUGCACAGGUUCCCUGUUAUGCUUUUCUGUUAAGGACCAGUGGGUCUCAAAUCAGGUUGUUAGCCUUACAUUUGAAAGAAAGUAAGUUGUUCUCUAAAUACCGUGCUCUGCCGUUAAAUAAUGUCGGAUUUAAGAUGUACCCUAAUGACUUGAUAUUGUUUAAUAACAAUAAUUGUGUUGAAGUUAAUGAGGCACACUGAUACAUCAUUGUACGCUGACAAUGUGAGCACAAAGUUUCAUGACAUAAUCAUUUCCGGUCACUUGGAGGCCGCGUUGUCUUUGUCAUGCAAAUGUGAUUGAUUAGAUUCAUUCAGAAUGAGGAAGGGGCUUACUUUGCACAUUUUAAGCCAUUUGUUGGUCAUAGAUUGUAAUUUUGUAAAUAUUUAAUACAAUUAUUUUGAAAAUAAAUGUAUUAGAAAUCA